AUGGAGGGCGAAUUGAAAAGUAAGCAGCAUCAAGCAAAUGAGGCACUGCAAUCCAUGCAGAAGCAUGAGUUGCACCGGGGCAAGUUGCAGAAGCGCCUAAACGAGGCUCGAUUGGAUGACGAUGUCGAUAGUCAGCUCACGGAAGUGGUAUGUUUAAUCUGUUUGUCUCGUCGUUUUUGUGUAUUGUUUUAUAUGUGCAAAUGCUAA